GAAUUUCAAGCUACUGUAGCGUUUCCUUUCGAACGAUCGAACGGAUUCGACUUUCUCUGAUUGAUUGUGGUUCGAUUUCUUGAGCAAGAUAAAGUGUACCUGUACCUGUAAGAAAUUGUUAACUAUGGGAAAAUGGAGGGACUCAAAUGCUGUUGGAAAUGACGAUCUGAGCAGUUCCCAGCCUCACAAGAAGCACAAGAAACAUAAACACAAGAAGCACAAGAAGCAUCGCGAGUCUGCAAGUGGAGGUCAAAGUUCAGAUACAGGGCAAAGUGAACUUGUAGAAGCAACCGAUUCAUUGACUGGCAAACCUCAGCUAAAACUCAAGAUCAAAAUUGGUGGCCAGACAUUGAGGACAAAGAGUUUUGAUAAGAUAAGCGUGACUGCAUCAUCAGAUGAACCGAGUGAGGAUGAAGACAGAUUGCAUGGUGAUAGCAGUAAUGACACAUGGAGGGGAGCUACCCCAAGUCCCGUAUCUCAAGGUAGCAGUAAAUCAAUAUCUAAGCUUUCUAAAGAAGAAGCAGAAGAAGAGGCGUGGUUAGAUGCUCUAGAGGCUGGCAAGUUAGACGAGUAUGGGGAGAUACCAAAACCCAAAGAUGAAUCUCUCCUUACUGCUAGACAGAAAUCCCUUUUGAAGAGAAUGGCAGCAGAGGAAGAUGACUUGAUACCAUCGCCCUUUUUUGGCGCUCAGGGCAAGAUUCCAGAGAUGACCGAGGAAAUGAUCGAGAAGAAAGCUCAAAAAGCUCAGAGGAGGAGAGUACAAGAAAGGCGUAAACAGGAAGAGAGCAAGAAACAAACAAUAGAGAAACUGCUCAAGAAACAGGAUGCUAAAUUAAAGGCUGCUAAGGCUAAACUGAAGCGAAACCUGGAAGUUCCUCACAUACGAUACUGUGACAAUAGCACUGGUAUAUCACUCUCUUAUCCAGCUGGCUAUGAAUUUCCUCUACCAACAACUCAACCUCUGACAAUAAAACCCAUCACAAAAUGUGGAGUCAGUGGAUGUCUCAAUGGCAAAAAGUAUUCUUGCUCAAAGACUGGUGUUCCUCUCUGCAGCCUAGAAUGCUACAGGAAGAAUCAAACAUUACUAUGCGCAACGUGAUAGUCUCCAGUCUGUAAGUGUCUUUGAAAAUGGACUUGUGGAUAUUUCAUUGAUAUGAGGAAAGCCGUCUUUCUCGUCAGUCUGACACGAAGAUGGGAGACUACUGUGCUGCCCCAAUGUGAGAAAAGUUUAUAUUACAGUGGCACCUCAAAAUCGUUGUUGACUUUACAUCUCAAGAAGUGACAGUGUACACAAACAAUUGUGAAGUAACAUGAAAAUCAAUUGACAGAUGAACAUUAACGUAUUCAAAAGAUUCUUGUGAAAAGGUGGUGUUUUAUGUGAUAGGCAGGAUUGUGGAACAUGAAAGUGAGAGAUGGACACAUGGUACCAUCAUGUCAGGAAGAAUACCUGGGAAAAAGAGUCCAUAAAUGCAGCCGUCAUCUUAAUAUUAGCUGGCAGUAAGUACAGUGAUCAACUUCUACACCUAGUGUACCACAAGGAAGCAUCUUAGGAACAUGAAGUAUUAAUUUGCACACAGAUAUAGUAGAAACUUAUUACAAAGGUAUAAGAUACUGCACUCUCACUAAACUUUCAGAAUUGAUACAGUCAUUAUUUUCUAUCAGCCUUAUGUAAAGACAAACAUUUGAAAAGUGAAGAUUAUGCAUUGCUGAAAACAAGUCACAAAGUACAAAUAUGAAUAUUUAUUAUUACAUGUUCUGAAGAAAAUGUCUUUAAAAACUUAUCCUGAAUCACUGAAAGUUAGUAUCAGUAUUCUAGAAAAAUCUAAAAAAACACAAAAUAAUAUAAAGAUGUCCGUAUUUUACAAUCAAAAUGUAAAAAGAAAGAGAAUUAACACCACAGCACUUGUUUUUAGGUUUGUUUAGUUCAGUUACUCAAAUACUGAUUCACUUAGUGUUUUGGUCUUAAAUUGAUGUACAGAUUUAAUCAUACUAUUUAGUGUCAAAUCUGGAAUCUUAUAUAUUAUCUAUCUCUGAAAACAGGUUUUUGUUUGUUCUGAGAAUCAGUCACUGUGACUCUCCGUUACCAGGUUCAUAAUAUUGAAUUAUCGUAACAGAGCUAAUAAUAUUAUUUUUCUGAGAAAAUUGUCAUGCCAUGCUGUAUAUCAAUAACUCAUGAAAAUAAGAACAAAGUGAAUGUGAAUGGGGGCCUAUGUAAUCCUUUAUCCCAUUCUGAUAUCGGGCCAAGCAUUUAUAUUGAUUGUCAUCUUGAUUUUUACUUUUAUAAUAGAGUGCAAAAGGUUUUUCAAAAUUGCAAAUAAGAGAAGCGAUAACGCAAAUAGAAAAUUGUCGAAAAAGGUAAAAUUAUAGUACAUUUGACCUAUUUUCAAAAUAUUGAUCAGACAGAUGAGGACCAACUUAUGCUACAAAUAUGAUAAUUAUUGUAGAACUGGCAACACUGCUAUGAUUUUAGUACACAUGAAUAGAUUAUUUCAACAUUUUUUAGAAUGACCAAUAUGUUGCUAUUCUAUGUUCUUUCACUGGAAGUGAGUUAAGUAGCAUCAUGCACCAACCUAGUAAACUUAGGAAUGGAAGGGGGGGUAAUAAUAAUAAUAAUAAUAAUAAAACAUUGCUUAUAUAGCGCAUAUAACGAUGAUAAAAUCAUGUCUCUAUGCGCUUAAAAAGAAGAAUAGAAAGAAUGGAGAAGAAAGAAGAGCCUGUUCACAGAGGAGCAAAUAUAUAAUCAAUUAAUAGGUACAUGUAUAUCUUAUUUUACAAAAAGGAAUGUCUUCAAAAGGGACUUAAAGGAUUCUACAUUAUUAGCUUGUUUAACAAUAUCAGGUAAGUUAUUCCAAAGUUCAGCAGAGGACAUUUUGAAUGAACGAGCACCGUAGAAUUGAGUGUUAAUUUUGGGAACUACAAGGAGAGAUUUGUUGUUUGACCUUAAUUUUCUUUGGGGUAUAUACUGUUCAAUGAGUUCUUUGAGAUAGAGUGACGAUUGACCUUGUAAGCAUUGAUAGGUUAGGAGUAAUAUCUUGUAUUCAAUACGGGAUUUUACAGGAAGCCAGUGUAAUUCUUUUAGUAUAGGUGUUAUGUGUUUGCUGCGCCUCGUUCUUGUUAUGAGUCUCGCUGCCGAAUUUUGGAUCCUUUGAAGUUUAUGAAUUUGAUUAUCAGGGAGGCGAUACAAAAUGCUAUUACAAAAAUCAAUGCGUGAUAUUACAAGAGCGUGAACCAGUUUCUUUGUGGCUUCUGUUGUUAGAAACUUGCGAAUUUUCCCAAUGUUAUACAAGGCAAAUGAACUAGCUUUACAUACAUUGUUUAUUUGAGUUUUCAUACUAAGGUUUCUAUCCAGUUGUACACCAAGAUUUCUUGCAGUUUCUACACAUUCAACAUAGGUAUUAUCAAAUUCUAUUCCUUCUAUCUGUCUACUAUUUCUAAAUUUACUAGUGAGAUGAAGCACUGCAGUUUUAUUACAAUUAAGUUUCAGUCCAUUAUCAGUUGACCAAAUAAUCACAUCUCGGACACACCUCUGAAGUCUGGUAGUGGCAUCUUGCUGCUCACUGUUUUUUAGGACUAUGUACAUUUGCGUAUCAUCAGCAUACAUCAUGCAGCUUAUCUUAUGGUGAGUGAUGACAUCCUGAAGAGGAGCAGCAUAUAAAUUAAAGGCCAAAGGUCCGACAACUGAGCCUUGAGGCACUCCAUGACUGGUAUAGCAGGUACGUGAAUUUGAUUCUCCAAUCAAAACAGAAUGUCUCCUAUUUUGGAAAUAAGAUUGAAACCACCUCAAAGCAUCUUCACAAAUUCCGUAGCGUGUCUGGAGACGGGAGAAUAAAGUCUCGUGGUGAAUGGUGUCAAACGCCGAUGAAUAAUCUAACAGUAGCAACACCGCUUCAUCCCCUCUAUCAAGAGCUAUUAAUAUAUCAUUUACUACUCGAAGAACUGCAGUCUCACAACUGUGGAAGGGCCUAUAUGCAGACUGCAUUCUAGCAUAUAAGUUAUUUUCUGCCAAAUAAUCUUGUAUCUGUAAGUUCACCAUCCGCUCAAUGAUCUUCCCAAGAAACUGGAUAUGAGCAACAGGCCUAAAAUUCUGUAGAUCAUCAGUAUCUAACUUGCCUCCUUUAAAUGUUGGAACAAUAUUUGCAUGUUUUAGGACACAUAGGUAAUAAAUACAUUCCUCGUGCAAUUAUCAGGUUUUCCCAAUUAACACUUUGGUUUUAGUUAAAAUUUGUAAAGCAGUAGAGCUUUAUUUCAUACAACAUACAUGCAAACAUGUAAAUGAACCACUUCAUUGUCAAGUGAGAAAGAUACAAAUAUUCUAGUUCAGCAUCCGUUGAACAAAUACAUCAUAUAUUUGUCUUGAUGUCAACAUUUGUAAAUAAAAUCAAAUCAACAAAUAAAAAUUAGUGUUUGUGUCUUCACUGUCUACCCUUCAUAGCAGAUAUUAAAGGAUAUUAGUUUAUUUUCUGUUCUCCAUGGCUACCUCAACUCCCCAAACUGCAAAUGUUGCAGCUAUCUUACGAAUAUAAUAAUUUUGAUGGUACAUUUGUAUUUGGGUCAGUUAAUAAACAAGCUGUCAAGCAGUUUGCUUCAUAUUUUUGAAUGAUUAUUUUGUGGCUAUUUUGCUGAUAGACCCCAGAUGGAAUACCCAAAUAUUUCAGCAAGCAAACUUGUAAACUGCAAACACUCUCACUAUAAAGUAGUAGUGGCAGAAGUAGUAGUAGUAGUAGUAGUAGUAGUAGCAGUAGUAGCAGCAGCAGUAGUAGAAACAGUAGUAGUAGUAGUAAUAGUAGUCUUUGCAUACAUUUCAGUUAGUAUACUUUGUGCCGCUAUUGUUGUUUGAAGGUUAUUCAUGCCAAUCUUGUCUCCAAUCUUCCUCUGGUCUGAGAUGACGUCGAUAGAAACUGAUUGUCUUCUGCCACGAUUUCACCAGAGCCCUUGCAUGAAGAGCUGGGUCACCACCCCAAUUUACCAGCUUGGCUGUUAGGGUAAAAUAAUUUUAAAAAAUUGAUUGCCAUCCUGGCUUUACUGCGGCAGUAUGGCCAUGAUGGCAAGUCAUAAUAACCUUUAUUUCUUGAUAAAACGCUUCAUACCCUAGAAAAACAGAAUAUCCCAGAGUAAACACGUUGCCAUUAUUUAUUUUAAGAAAUAUAAAUGAAUGUUAAAAAGGCUUUCUAUAUAUCAGUCAAAUGAUGAGUAAUAUGGGAUAUUGAUUUCUGUGUGAUUUUGAAGAUUCAAACAAAUGCAUUAAAGGAAGGAUACAAAGAGAGAUUGGGAGAGAGAGACCGAGAGAGACAGACAGAAAUAGUUCAGAGGGGGAGAGAUGAGGAGGAGGGGGUUGUAUUGAAACAACCUCUAUAUAAAUUUAAAACUGGCGACAGAGAUAAGAGGGUAAAUCUAGAAAAUGGCAUGCUGAGACAUUUUACCUUUACAUAAAAAUUAUGUAAGUGCAUUUACCUCUAUCAAUAUUCGGCAUAUCAACUUUAGAUUGACGACAGAGAGGGAAGUAGGGUGAAUCUAGAAGAUGGCCAGCUCCUUCAAAGUAAUGUGUUUCCAGAAGAUUGCUUUUUCCUGCACUAUGAAUACGAGAUGCAACCUGUUCGGGGAAAAAGAUACUUUUACACACUAGUUGGGACCAGCGCUUCAAGGGCGUAGAGGGGCAACUACCCUCUAUCAUUUUUCACGUAGCCGGGAAGAAGGGAGAAUAAUAC